AUGGAGCCAGCAGAGGAACAAGAUGCAGGAAACCACACCCUGCUGAGUGAAUUCAUCCUCUCUGGGUUGUCCAGCCGCCCAGAACUCCAGCACCUGCUGUUCUUCACAGUCUGCUUCGUUUACAGCAUGACUCUCAUCGGGAACCUCCUCAUCUGCAUGGCCACAGCUCACCCCACCCUCCACACACCCAUGUACUUCUUCCUCCGCGUCCUGUCCGUCCUGGAUAUUUCCACAGCCUCAGUGGUGGUCCCCAAGAUGCUGGUGAGCACCCUGUCAGAGGACAGGAGCAUCUCCUACCUGGGCUGUGUCACACAGCUCUACUGUGUGGUUUUCUUGGCGUCCACUGAGUGGUACCUGCUGGCAGCCAUGGCCUACGACCGCUACGUGGCCGUGUGCCGCCCGCUGAGGUACCCGGCUGUCAUGAGCACCAGGGCUUGCCUCUCCAUGGUUCUGCUCUCCUGCUGCAGUGGCCAGGUGGUGUCGGUGGUGCAGACAGCCUGGGUGUUCACCCUGCCCUUCUGUGGGCCCAGGAGCAUCAACUACUUCUUCUGUGACAUCCCCCCUCUGGUGCUGCUCUCGUGCGCGGACACGUCGCGCUACGAGCGGCAGCUGAUCUCGGCCACCGUGCUCGUCAUCUUCACGCCCUUCUGCCUCAUCCUGCUGUCCUACACCUGCAUCAUCUCCAGCAUCCUGAGGAUCUCCUCUGCAGAGAGCAGGCACAAGACCUUCUCCACCUGUUCCUCGCACCUCACCGUGGUAACGUUGUACUGCGCCAGCGGGACUUUGAUUUACUUGCAGCCAAAAUCCAGUGAUUCACAGGAGGCCAAGAAAGUCCUGGCUCUCAUAUACACAACUGUAAUUCCCACUUUAAACCCCCUCAUUUACAGCCUGAGGAAUAAAGAAGUGAAAGAAGUACUAGUCAGAGGGAUGGCUGUGUUGAUGAAGAAAUAA